AUGGAAAAAUAUUUGAAACGAAAAGCUUCAUCAUCAACCGGUAAUAAUGAUGCAUCCAACAAUGUGAUUGAUGUUAACGAUCUUCCUUGGGAUCCAUCAGAGAGACCCAAAAUUAUAACUUAUAACCCAAAUCAAAGAGACGAAAUUAGACGAAAAUACUUGGUAAGGGGUCCUUGUCAACCACGAGGUCACAUCUUUCCAACCAAAGUUAUAGAGGAUAAAGGAAGACGAGACCAAGGUGGGAAUCAUGGGAUAUAUGCAUUUGUGGCGGAGGGAUUUAAUAGUUGGAGUAAAAAAAAUAGACUUACACUUCAUGAGGGUGAGGUUAAUAGUUUUCACCAUAAAACACUUAAAAAAUUUAAAGAUUUGGUUAACCAAAACCAAUCAAUUGUUGUUGCUUUUCGUAAACAAACAGAACUCAUGAAGACCGAGUACCACAUGCGAUUGAAUGCUUCCGUUGAAGUUUGUAGAUAUUUGUUGGAGAAUGCUUUACCAUUUCGUGGCAACGAUGAGUCGGAAAAGUCUAUGUACAAAGGGCUUUUCUUGGGGACUUUAAAGUUAAUCAGAAGAACAAAUGGGGAGAUUGAAAAGGUUAUAUUACAAAAUGCACCAAAGAACAAUCAAUUGACAUCUCCAAAGAAUCAAAAAGAUCUUGUUACUUGCUUUGGAGAAGAGGUGUUGAAAGGCGUUAUUAGGGAAAUUGGUGAUGAUGUAUUUGCUUUGUUGGUGGAUGAGUCUAGUGAUGUCUCUAGAAAAGAACAAAUAGCUGUGGUUUUGAGGUUUGUUGACAAAGUCGGAGUUGUUCAAGAAAGAUUUGUCGGCAUUGUUCAUGUCAUGGAUACAUCUGCUGUAAGUCUUAAAUCUGUCUUGGAUGGUUUAUUUGCAAAACAUGGAUUGAGUUUCACAAAGGUAAGAGGACAAGGUUAUGAUGGUGCUAGCAACAUGAGUGGUAAGUUCAAUGGGUUGAAAGCUUUGAUUUUGAGUGAUAAUGACUCGUUGCAAAAAAAACACGAAGGUAUUAAGGACUUCUUUGAUUUGCUUGCGUUGGUUGUUACUGUUGUAAAAUCUUCUUGCAAACGAAAAGAUAUGCUACGAGAAAGUCACAAAGAGAGAAUUCAAGAAGAAAUUGGAAAUAACGAAAUAGAGACUGGUAAGAGGUUAAACCAAGAGAUUUCCUUUGUCCGAGCUGGAGAUACACGAUGGAAUUCUCAUCUUAAAACAAUCGUGAGUUUGAUUGUUUUGUUUCCAGAGGUUAUACAGGUGCUUGAAUAUGUCGAAGAUGAUGGUGAUAAUGGAGCUAUUCGGCUUCAAACAAGAGGUCUUUUAUCAUACUUAAAGGCAUUUGAAUUUGUGUUUUACAUGCACUUGAUAUCAACGAUCUUGGGAUUAACAAAUUCAUUGUCUCAAGCUCUUCAAAGGAAAGAUGAAGACAUCUUGGAAGCUAUUGAUUUGAUAGGAACAACCAAAGGUCAAUURCAAAUGUUGAGGGAAAAUGGGUUUGAUCAAGUUUUGGAGAAAUGCUACUCUUUUUGUGAUAAACAUAAGAUCGUGAAGUUGGAUAUGACUGAAGCUUAUGUUAAUACAAGAAAUUCAAGGAAAAGGAUGAACAUUACCAAUCAACAUUAUUAUAACUAUAAUAUAUUCAACACUGUUUUGGAUAUGCAGAUCUGA